CGUCGCUUCGCAGCGAUCAAUCAUCAAAAACGAGCAUCGAAAACGAGUGAAAGAACUUUUCUGCGCUGCAUCCGAAAACCACGAGUGUUUCACGCUGCUGAACGAUUGGUGGAAAUUCAUCAUCUGACAACGAACCAUAUCUGAGGGCGAAUAAAUGGCAAGCGCGCCUCAAUGCCGGUCAGUCAAUAGUGUGUGCUCUGAGUACGCGAAUUUAUUUUAAUAAAUUCGGUAUUAUUUAAUAAAUGUGCACGAAAUAUUUGUGAUACACACAUUCCUGCAGGAUCUUAAGGAUUAAUUACAUCAACACAAAUUUAAAAAUAGCGAAAAUGCCUGCAAGAGCACCAGAAACUGAACGCCACAUGGGCAAUACCAUCAAUGACGACAUUGUCAUCACCGGUAUCUCAGGUCGCCUCCCAGAGAGCAACAGCAUUGAAGAGUUUAAGCAACAACUCUUCGAUGGUGUCGACCUAGUCACCGAUGAUGAAAGAAGAUGGCCAUCAGGGCUCUACGGUCUGCCCACACGUACUGGCAAACUCAAAAACUUAGAAUUAUUCGACGCAACAUUUUUCGGUGUACACGCCAAACAAGCACACGUAAUGGACCCCCAGCUUAGAAUGCUUUUAGAAUUAACGUACGAAGCUAUGGUAGACGCAGGUAUGAACCCCAAUGAGAUGAAAGGUACCAAAACAGGUGUCUUUAUUGGAGUAUCAGACAGUGAAUCUUCAGAAUAUUGGACUCAAGACCCAGAACAAAUUAAUGGGUACGGUUUGACAGGGUGUUGCAGAGCUAUGUUCCCUAAUAGAAUCUCAUACACCUUUGACUUUAGUGGACCAAGUUACGCAAUUGACACAGCUUGCUCGAGUAGUUUAUUCGCAUUUCAACAAGCCGUUACAGCUAUGAAGACUGGGCAGUGUGAUUCUGCCAUAGUAGGGGGUGUAAACCUAUUAUUAAAACCCACAUCUUCUCUACAGUUCCAUAGACUUAGCAUGUUGAGCCCACAAGGUAUGUGCAAAGCAUUCGAUGCAAGUGGAAACGGUUAUGUACGAUCAGAAGGAGCUGUGGUAGUAUUACUUCAAAAGGCUAGUGCAUCUAAAAGAGUAUACGCAACCGUAUUGGGAGCAAAAACAAACACUGACGGAAACAAAGAACAAGGUAUCACAUUCCCUUCUGGAGGCAUGCAAAAUAGACUUAUUCGAGAAGUAUACGAUGAAAUUGGAAUAAAACCAGAAGAGGUUUCAUACGUGGAAGCUCAUGGUACUGGUACCAAAGUAGGAGAUCCUCAAGAAGUCAACUCUAUCGCAGAUUUCUUCUGCAAGAAUCGUAAAGAACCUUUAUUGAUUGGAUCAGUUAAAAGUAACAUGGGACAUUCUGAACCAGCCUCCGGUUUGUGCUCUUUAGCCAAGAUGGUAAUUGCUAUGGAAUCUGGAAUGAUACCACAAAAUUUACACUUCAAAAGUCCUAACAAAGAUAUCCCUGCUCUUAACGACGGACGUCUAAAAGUAGUGGCCAAAAAUGAACCAUGGAAUGGUGGAAUUUUAGCCAUUAACUCUUUUGGAUUCGGUGGAGCUAACGCUCAUAUUGUUUUACGUUCCAACCCUAAACCCAAGACUACUUGGCCAGCAGGUGAUGUACCAAGAGUGGUAGGAGUGUCUGGACGCACCGAAGACGCUGUAAGUAAUUUCCUAACUAAAAUCGAACAACACAAAAAUGAUGAGGAAUUCCUAGCUCUUAUCGACGAAGUACAUAGUAGAAAUAUUAACGGGCACGCCUACAGAGGUUACGCCGUUUUGAAAGAUCAAGUAGUAAAAGAAGUAAUGCAAGUACCUGGAGAUGAUAGACCAAUUGCAUUCGUUUACUCCGGAAUGGGAUCACAGUGGCCCGGUAUGGCUAAAGAUUUGAUGCAGUUAGAAUGUUUCAAGAAUUCAAUCAAACGAUGUGCAGAUGCACUAAAACCUCACGGCGUCAACUUAGAAGACAUUAUUAUAAACGGAAGUGAUGCUACAUUCGAUAACGUCCUUAAUUCGUUUGUAUCUAUUGCUGCGAUGCAAGUUGCUUUAACUGAUGUAAUGAGAACUCUUGGAGUCGAACCAAAUGUAAUUGUUGGCCACUCUGUCGGAGAAGUUGGAUGUGCUUACGCAGACGGAACUUUGACCGCCGAACAAGCAGUUUUAGCAGCUUACUCAAGAGGUCGUGCUAUUUUAGAAAGCAAACUUGCUCCAGGUGCGAUGGCCGCCGUUGGUUUAACUUGGGAACAAGUAAAAGAGAGAUGUCCACCUGAAAUCUUCCCUGCUUGCCACAACAGCGAAGAUAGCGUUACAAUUUCUGGACCGCCAGCCUCUAUUGAAAAAUUUGUCGCUCAACUCCAAUCUGAAGAUAUUUUCGCAAAGGCUGUUAAAAGUUCUGGAACCGCAUUCCACAGUAAAUAUAUUGCUGAUGCCGGACCAAGACUAAGAAAAGCAUUAGAUUCCAUAAUCCCUAAUCCAAAACCAAGAUCGCCACGGUGGAUUUCUUCAUCUAUUCCAGAAUCUGCAUGGGGUACUCCUUUGGCACAACAGAGUUCUGCUGCUUACCAUGUCAACAACUUACUUUCUCCUGUUUUGUUUCACGAAGCCUUGAAACACGUACCAGAAAACUCAAUCUGUGUUGAAAUCGCCCCAACUGGUCUUCUCCAAGCUAUAUUAAAGAGAGCUUUAGGCCCAAAAACUACUAACAUUAGUUUGGUUAAACGUGGACAUGCUGAUAAUUUGGAAUUCGUCCUAUCUGCUGUUGGAAAAAUAUUUGCAGCUGGAGCUCAACCACGUUUUGGAAAUCUGUAUCAUCCUGUAAGCUUUCCAGUUGGUAAGGGUACACCUAUGAUUAAUUCUAUGGUCGAAUGGGACCACUCUAUUGAAUGGUCUGUCGCAAACUUCUCCGGCAAAGGAUCUCGUUCUGGCGAAUUAGUUGUCGAUAUUGAUCUCAGUAAGGAAACUGAUGAAUAUUUGGCUGGACACACUAUUGAUGGCAGAGUUUUGUUCCCUGCUACAGGAUAUUUGACGUUAGUUUGGAAAACUUUCGCUAAACUAAGAAACGAAGACUUCGAGCAACUUCCAGUUAUUCUAGAAGAUGUUCAGUUCCAUAGAGCUACCAUCAUGCCAAAAGAAGGUUCGGUUAAAUUCCUGAUAAACAUAUUUGAAAGUUCUGGGGAGUUCGAACUUUGCGAAGGAGGAUCGGUUGCCGUUUCUGGUAAAAUCAGGGUGCCCGAAGAUGUAUCUAAAGAAGUCUUGGAUCUACCGAAACCUGUAGUAAAAUCUGAACAAGACGUGUUCUCUUUGAACAAUGCUGAUAUUUACAAAGAAUUAAGACUUAGAGGCUAUGAUUAUGAAGGUAUCUUUAGAGGCAUUUCUGAAUCUGAUAACCAUGGAUUAGCUGGAAAACUCAAAUGGGAGAAUAAUUGGAUCAGUUUCAUUGAUACCAUGUUGCAAUUCUCUAUUCUUGGACAAAACACUAGAGAAUUAUACCUACCAACAAGACUACAAAGAGCCGUCAUCAAUCCGAGAGAACAUUUACAGGCCAUUAAAGGAUUACCUGAAGGCGAAAGUGUGCCAGUAUACAUGCACAGAAACAUUGGAGUCAUUAAGUCAGCUGGUAUUGAGUUGCGUGGUAUGAAAGCCAGCUUGGCACCACGUCGUCAACAAACCCAAUCUCCACCAAAACUAGAAAAGUACCAAUUUGUCCCAUAUGAAAAUACCCAACCUCUCAUAGAAGAUUCCGAAAAAAGCAAAGUUCAAGCCUUAACAGUAAUUGUACAAACCGUUAUCGAAAAUACUGGUGGCGCUUUGAAACUCAAAGUAGCUGAAGUUGGAACUGAUAAACCAGUAGAAUCAGUACUUGCACCACUUAUCAAAAACAUUAUUGAAUCUGAACCCAUGCUUUCAACUGAAGUCACCGUUGUAACAUCAGGGCCCAUUGAUACUUCAUCUUUGGAGGCUAACGAAAUUAAACAUGCUGUUAAAGAUGUAACUUCGGUUCAAGUAGCACAAGAGGCUCACUUGGUCGUUCUCAGUGAUGCUUUAAUGUACAACAGAAAGAAUAUAAUAGAUAAUGCUGUAGCUUCUGUAAAAGCUGGAGGAUUUGUUCUUCUUGAAGAACUGAAAGGAUCGGCUGAUGUAUCAAAGCUUUCUCACUUGGAAAUAGUUAGCAAACAAAUAACGGAUAUGAAGGUCUACAUUCUUCUCCGUAAACCAAUCCAGGUACCAACUGACGCGACUGUUAUCCAGAUAACGGAGAAGAAUUUCAGUUGGGUUGAACCAUUAAAGGACACCAUGAAACAAGCUGAAACUGAUGGAAGAAAGAUCUACCUUGUCACACAAGGAGAAGAACUUACAGGUUUAGUUGGUAUGGUUAACUGCUUGAAACAAGAACCUGGUGGCUUAAACAUUAGAUCAGUCUUUAUUCAAGACCCCAACGCACCUAAAUUCACUAUUUCUGCUUACGAAAAACAACUCCGAAAAGAUCUUGUUCACAACGUGAUGAAAAACAAAGUAUGGGGUUGCUUCCGCCAUUUAGUACUUGAACAAUAUGAAGACAGUGGUAAACUUCAAGUUGAACAUGCUUACAUUAAUACAAUUACAAGAGGAGAUUUAGCCAGUUUAAGAUGGAUAGAAGGACCCCUUGGUUAUUACAAGAAUGAUAAUCCAAAUGCUGAACUAUGCCACGUUUAUUAUGCUCCUCUCAAUUUCCGUGAUAUUAUGCUUGCUACGGGAAAACUUCCUCCAGAUGCAUUACCCGGUGAUCUUGCUGGACAAGAUUGUAUCCUUGGUUUGGAAUUCUCUGGACGUAACUCAAAUGGAAAGCGUGUUAUGGGUAUGGUAGCCGCCAAAAGUUUGGCCACUACUGUUUUAGCUGAUCCAGGAUUCUUGUGGGAAGUACCUGAAAAGUGGAGCUUAGAAGAAGCUGCUACCGUUCCAGUCGUUUAUGGAACUAGUUACUAUGCUCUUGUUGUAAGAGGAGGACUGAAAUCGGGUGAAAGUUUAUUGGUCCAUGCUGGUACGGGAGGUGUCGGACAGGCUUCCAUCGCCAUUGCUCUUCACAUGGGUUGCACCGUUUUCACGACAGUCAGUAGUCAAGCUAAACGCGAUUUCCUUAGAAAGACCUUCCCAGGAUUAAAAGAUGAAAAUAUCGGCAACUCUCGUGAUACAAGUUUCGAACAAAUGGUACUGACCCAAACUAACGGACGUGGAGUAGAUUGUGUCCUGAACUCUUUAGCCGCCCAUCAACUACAGGCCUCUGUCAGAUGUUUAGCUAUUGGAGGUCGCUUUCUCGAAAUAGGAAAAGUAGAUUUAUCUAACAAUUCUCCUCUAGGAAUGAGCAUCUUCUUGAAAAAUACUACUUUCCAUGGUAUUCUUCUUGAUGCUCUAUUCGACUCAGACAGCCCACAGAAAAAACAAGUUUUCAACUUAGUAACUGAAGGUAUCAAGAGUGGUGCCGUAAAACCUCUGCCAAAUACUGUUUACAACGAAAAUCAAGUAGAACAAGCUUUCAGAUAUAUGGCUUCCGGUAAACACAUUGGAAAAGUCUUGCUAAAAAUAAGAGAAGAAGAGAGCCGUACUACCCAACAUCCCGCGGUGAAGACUGUUAGUGCUAUUCCUCGUACUUAUAUGGAUCCAGAAAAGACUUACAUAUUGGUUGGAGGUCUCGGAGGUUUCGGUCUUGAAUUAGCUAAUUGGUUGAUCACCAGAGGAGCCAAGAACAUCGUGUUGACGUCCAGAAGUGGUAUCAAGACUGGUUACCAAUCGCUCUGCAUCAGAAGGUGGAGAGAAAAGGGUGUUAAAGUUCUUAUUUCAACAUCUGACGCGACCACAGAAAAAGGAGCUAAGAGAUUAAUUGAAGAAUCGAACGAAUUAGGCCCAGUUGGUGGUAUAUUCAAUUUAGCAGCCGUUUUAAGAGAUGCCAUGAUGGAAAAUCAAUCUGAAGCUGAUUUCAAGACUGUUUGCAAACCUAAAGUAGAUGGUAGCAAGAUGCUCGAUGCAAGUUCAAGAGCUUUAGCCCCUCAUUUGGACUACUUCGUUAACUUCUCUUCAGUUUCUUGUGGUCGUGGUAAUGCAGGUCAAGCCAAUUAUGGUUUAGCUAAUUCGGCGAUGGAACGCAUAGCAGAAUCUCGUCAAGUUGUUGGUUUGCCUGCUACUGCUAUCCAAUGGGGAGCUAUCGGUGAUGUAGGUUUGAUCCUUGAAACUAUGGGCGGUAACGAUACAGAAGUAGGAGGAACUCUGCCACAAAGGAUGGCUUCUUGCUUGGCUACAAUGGAUAUUCUUUUACAACAACCUCAUUCCGUAGUAGCAAGUAUGGUACUUGCAGACAAACACAAAGGAGGAGCUGGUGGCAGUCAAGUCAGUUUGACUGAUGCAGUAGCCAAUAUUCUCGGUAUUAAAGACUCAGCCACUGUUGCACCUAGUGCUAGUUUAGCUGACUUAGGUAUGGAUUCACUUAUGGGGGCUGAAAUUAAACAAACCUUAGAACGAAACUACGAUUUGGUGCUUAGUGCACAAGAAAUUAGAGCUCUUACUUUUGGUCGCCUUGUCGAGCUUAGCACUGGCGGAGGUGCUGCACCAACAACAGAAACACAACAACCAACGCAAGAUAAUAAUGUUGAAUUUGAUCAAAAGGUAGAUAUAAUGCCUAAGAAGGUGUUAGUCCAAAUGACCAGCAAGUCCAGUGAUAACAAAAAGACUCCAGUUUUCGUUCUUCAUCCUAUUGAAGGAGUUGUAAAUGCUUUAGAAACUUUAGCUAAGAAUAUCGAUGCUCCAGUAUACGGUCUUCAAUGUACUGCUAAUACACCACUUAGCAGCAUCGCCGACUUAGCCAAACAUUACAUAUCUCAAAUAAAGACAGUACAAGCAAAAGGACCGUACACUUUGAUCGGUUACUCAUUUGGGGCUUGUGUAGCUCUUGAAAUGGGUAUCUGGUUGGAAAAGAACAAAGAAAAAGUAACACUAUUACUUUUGGACGGAUCUCAUUCAUAUGUAGCCACACACACUGGAAAGGCCAAGAAUUCAAAGAUUCAAGGGAAUACAGCAGCUGAGCAAACCGAAGUGCUCAUCUACUUCAUCAUGCAAUUCAAGGAAAUCGACCAACAAAAGGCUGCAUCGGAACUUAUGGUCAUGAAAUCUUGGGAUGAAAGGUUAGCUUGGUCUGUUCAAAUACUUUCAGGAGCUACUCCAUACAAACCAGAAGAUAUCGGUGUAGCAGCUACAAGCUUUUACCAAAAACUAUCAGCAGCUGAUAAAUAUAAACCUUCUGGAAAAUUCAACGGAAAUGUAACUCUAAUUAAAGCUAUUGAUAAUUAUGUACAAAUGGGAGAAGAUUAUGGUUUAUCAGAGGUAUGCACCCAAAAAGUAGCCAUAGAAGCUCUAAAAGGCAACCACAGAAGCAUAUUAGGGGGAAGUAGUGUAGAAAAAAUAGCUAGUAUUUUAAAUAACCUCGUCAAGGUGUAAUAUUGAGAUAUUAUUUUUAAUAGUUCCUUAUUAUCAUUUCGCUUACAUUUCUUUGUGAAUGUAUUUUUUUGGGUCCAAUUUUUGAUAAGAUUAUUCUCAUUUUAAUUUAUAGUAGCUGUAAAUAGUAGGAUUAUUUUUUCAAUAUUUUGUAAGUAAUUUAUUGUUUAGUUAAUUUUAAGUGACAAGAGUGAAUUUAUUUUUGUAUGUUUGUUGAUGAACCAAAGAUUUUUUUCUCAAAAUGACAUGACAGUGAUUAAAACACAAAAGGCUCUGGCGAUGCUGCAGGGUUUGUUGCUUGACCUUUUGCAUCAUCGUCACAGUUAGGAGAAAUGUUGUUAUUGUGUGUUAAAUAAAAAGCUUAAUUAAAACU